UAAAUUUGACUUUCCUGCUACCCGUAGUAAAAUGUCAGCUGCUGACUAGCAAAACACCCCACACGGUGCUUUGUGUCGGAACAAUUGAGUUUUUUGAAGAAAAAAAAAUAGCUCAAUAUGACUUUCCAGUGUCAACGAGACAGUUAUAUAAAAGAGUUUGUCACAAGAGUAGCGUCCUGUAGUCCUACGGAGCUCAAACAAGACAUCAAUGGAAAAAAAGAAACAGUCCAGGGCUUCAUUGUGAAGCUUCAAGACACCAUCUUAUUCCCCGAGGGAGGUGGUCAGCCAGAUGACCACGGACUGAUUGGUGACGUCCCCGUUCUGAGGGUGACGAGACAGGGCCAAGAUGCGGCUCACUUGGUGGGGUCGCCUUUGGAGGUGGGUCUUGAGGUCCAAGUGAAGGUGGACUGGGAGAGGAGGUUUGACCACAUGCAACAACACUCAGGUCAACAUUUGAUCACAGCUUUGGCUGAAACUAUGUUUGGAUACAAGACCACAUCCUGGGAGCUCGGGCGUCAGAGAACCGCCAUUGAACUGGACACACCGUCUGUAAAACCCGCCCAGUUACAAUCCCUGGAGGAUGCCGUGAAUGAGAAGAUCCGAGCUCACAUCCCAGUCUGUGUUAAGCUUCUUUCUAUGGACAGCCCUGAAGUGGAAAAGGUGAGGAGUCGAGGGCUCCCUGAUGACCACACAUGGCCAAUUCGCAUUAUCGAUAUCGAAGGUGUGGAUGCCAACAUGUGUUGUGGAACCCACGUGUCAAACCUCAGUCACUUACAGGUAAUCAAGCUGCUGGGGACAGAGAAAGGAAAGAAAAACAAAACCAAUUUAAUUUUCCUGGCAGGAAACCGAGUGCUGAAAUAUGCAGAGAAAAGCUACAAUACCGGGCGCUCUUUGGUAGCUCUUCUCAAAACCGGACCCGAUGAGCAUGUUGAGGCUGUGGACAAGUUGCAGAAAUCUGUGAAGCUUCUGCAUAAAACGAACUUAAACCUGCUUCGAGACAUGGCGCUCCUCAUUGCUCACAACUUUAAGAAUGACCCACAAAAGGGGAACUUCUUCAGCUUGCACAAGAAAGAAGGAGACAGUGAAUUCAUGACGAUCAUUGCUAAUGAAAUAAACACACAGGAAACUUUGGUUUUUCUGACUGUGGGAGAGGAGAAGGGACCUGGUUCGUUUCUGCUGGCUGGACCCAGUGAAAAAGUAACCCAGAUGGGACCCCGGUUAUUAGAGCUGCUGCAAGGGAAAGGAGCAGGGAAGAACGGUCGCUUCCAAGGCAAAGCUAACAGCCUGGCACGAAGAGGGGAGGUGGAAGCUCUUCUUCAACAACACUGCAAUCAUCAGACCACACAGGAAGAAUAAAUCCAGUUCACGUUUAAUUUAUAUUUUCAUUUUGAAAAGGGAAACAAUAGUUUGUGUAGCCCAUAUGUACAAGCCAAUCCCGUGUGUGCUGUAUAGUGUACAAAAAAUAACUUUUAAUUAAAAUGGAUUUGUAAUACAUUCAUUUAGUGA